AUGGUCGAGCCUGAUCGUCUGGAGCUUCUUAAGGCCUUCGACGAAUCCAAAGCUGGUGUCAAAGGGGUAGUCGAUGCUGGAAUCACCAAAGUCGUCCCACCCAUUUUCGUGGGUUUAAAGAAAGAUCCCUCCAUCGCCGGCGACCACAAGACAUCUGGCCAUUUCAGUAUUCCAGUGAUUGAUCUGGCUGACAAUGAAGGACGAUCUGCUGAGGUGAUCGACCAAGUCCGGAGGGCCGCAGAGAGCUUUGGGUUGUUUCAGGUGGUGAACCAUGGGAUGCCUAGGAGAGUGAUGGAGGCGACGCGUGGGUUUCACGAGCUACCGAGGGAGGCGAAGGCUGAGUACUAUGGUAGGGAACCGGAGUGGAAGGUCAGAGAUAUAAUUAUGGAGUAUUCCACGCAUGCUCAUAAAUUAGGUGUCAUUUUGUUUGAAUUGCUAUCUGUGGCGCUUGGGCUCAAACCUGAUCAACUUAAAAACUUGGAUUGCACUGAGAAGCAUAUGAUUCUUAAUCACUACUAUCCCCCAUGCCCUGAACCUGAACAAGCUAUUGGCGCUAUUGAACACACGGAUCCUUAUUUUCUGACCAUCCUACUUCAAGACAAAAUUGGUGGACUCCAGAUUUUGUACCAAAACCACUGGAUUGAUGUUCCUAAUGUACCUGAAGCUUUAGUGGUGAACAUUGGAGAUCUCUUGCAGGCAAGCUCUCUAUGUCAUAUAUAG